UUUAUCAACUCUGAAGAGGAGCAAAUUAAAGGUUUUGAUGGACCCAUCAAUCCCACCACUGUGAUUUUUGCAAAGGUUGAACCUUUGGGGAGCUGCAGUCGUGGCACUAACAGGUUUUUAAAGGUUAGGCAUUGGCGCUUCUGUCUGGAGCAGAUCUGCGGAGGAGUUGUUGUUUUUUUUCUUCUUCUUUCAUGCUUUAUUAUUUCCUGAUUCUGCAGUGGGAUGGGUCUGUUGAGAAAGAUUUUCAUUCCCUUUGUAGGAUUGGUCUUGGCCUUCUGUUUUUAUUCAGCAAGGGAGGAUUUUAAACCUGAGAUGCUGAAAGGGAAGCGAGUGAUUGUCACUGGAGCAAGCACUGGAAUUGGAGAGCAAAUGGCUUAUCACCUGGCACGGAUGGGAGCCCAUGUUCUGAUCACAGCACGGACGGAAGCCAAGCUUCAGAAAGUCAUCACACGGUGUCUGGAGCUGGGUGCAGCCUCCGCGCAGUAUGUGAGCGGCAGCAUGGAGGAUGAGGCCUUUGCCGAGCAUGUGGUGAAGGAGGCUGAGCUAGUGCUGGGAGGCCUAGACAUGCUGAUCCUCAACCACGUUGGCAACUCAUACUUCAACUAUUUCGACGGAGACGUGGGGCACGUGCAGAAGCUUCUGAAGAUUAACUUUCUCAGCUACGUGGCCAUGACUGUUUCAGCGCUGCCCAGGCUGAAAGACAGCGGGGGCAGCAUCGUGGUGGUUUCAUCCAUGGCAGGUAAAGUUGGGUUUCCAUUUACUGCUCCCUACUCUGCAACGAAGUUUGCCCUAGAUGGGUUUUUCAGCUCCUUGCGGCAGGAAUUAAUCAUUCAGAAGGUUGAUGUUUCCAUCACGCUCUGUAUACUCGGCUUCGUUGAUACAGAAAGUGCCAUGAAAGCAGCUUCUGAUGUGGUGCUGAUGUCCCCUGCACCAAAGGAGGAGUGUGCGCUGGAAAUCAUCAAGGGGGGAGCCCUCCGCCAACGGGAAAUUUAUUACAAAUACGCAGCUACCAAAAUCCCCCUCUUGAUCCGGGACUGGGCUCCAGAACUCCUGGAUUAUCUGAUCAGAAGAAGCUACAACGUGGAGAACCUAAAGAAAAAUUAAUCAGUCUGAGUUGUCCAGUGCCUUUCCGCUCAUACCUGUCUCUGGGGUUACCUUAAUCAAGGCCUGGUGUGCUGUGGAGCUCCCUAGCCCAGGCUCCUUCUCACUUAGGGAAUGCAAUGCUGGGAUCCCUCAUCGUGGGACCCUGGGAUCAUGUGGCAUUUUACA